CUGACAUUUGUAUUUGAAAAUGUAAACAAAAUUGGUUCGCACUAAAUUAUUAGCCAACGGGUUCUAAGGCAUUUUAGUUUCCAAUAAUUAUUUCGCAAUGGAUAAAGACACAUCCCGGUUUAUUGCAUCCGAUAGAACACUGGAUGAAUUACGGUUGCAAAAUGCCAGAAACGAAAAGCUACUAAGGGAUUUCGGCAUCGACCUGAGCAACCUCGGCGACGCAGCACAGGAAGUGUUGGAAAAUUACGCCAAAAUAAAACAUAUCACCAGUCUAACAGAAUUGGAUCCUUCGAUAUUUGCCGGAUACUGUUAUGAGGUACAAUGCAAGCGUUUGGAGGCACGUUUCCAUGCGAUCACACUCAAAGCGGACAUCAAGAGGUUGAAGAACGAAAUCAAACGCGAGGAAUGCGACCUGGCCAAGUUGGAACAGUUUGUUGCCGAAACACGCUCCCAGCUGAUUCCGAGCGAGGAGAUGGAGAAAACACGGAUCAUGCGCGAGAAGCGAAUUGAAAUGCUGCGAAGCAAACAGAAAACGUUGUUGGAGAAAGUGGAUGCUGUUAACCUCGACGAACUGAUUGCUAAGGUCAACGCGCUUGAGGCAGAAGAAAACACUUGAGGCUAAAAUAAGUUCUCAGCAAGCAUGAGCUGUGUCAGUGUGAUUCCCCGUUCCAUAAGUAAUUGUCCCGUAACUAGAAUUGGCCAUCAGAAAUAUAAGCUAAUCACAUGUUUUUUUUGCGUAAA